AUGCAGCAAACUGUGCAAAUGGAUGUCGAAAUCGGCCUGAACGCCUAUUUAAAAAUAGGCGACUUCUACGCCCGUUCGGGAGUGUGCCUGGCCUUGCACAUCACAAAUCAGAAGCCCUCCGGCUGGGAGUAUUCGGUGGCCGUGUUCUUCUGCGUCAACUUUGCGGCGUUCGCGAGCAUCGUGGCUGCGUACGCAUACAUGUAUCUGAGCAUCCGGAAGUCUAAGACGGCCGUCAAGAGGCACGCGGCGCGGCCCCCCAAGGCCGACAGCCUGGUCGGCAGACAGAUGGCGCUCAUCAUCCUGACCAACUCCCUCUGCUGGUUUCCCAUGAUCGUCAUGGGGCUCAUGGCCAUGUCGGGAGUCCGCAUUCCAGGAGAGGCGUACGCCUGGACGGCGGUGUUCGUGCUGCCCGUCAACUCGGCCACCAAUCCGCUCAUCUACACCAUUGCAUCGCUGAGAUUCAGAAUGUUUCUGCUGCGCAUCGGCUUGGCCCGGAAGAAACACUCUUUGUCCAUCAGCAAGGUGCUUGCACACUCGAGCAACGGGACGACGCGUCGCGACCACGGACACGCGGCGCACCCGUUCCGAGCCCCACACGGCUACGUGCCGCUGCUGCAGUUCCUCCGUGCAGAGCCUCGUGUCACGCCACACCAGCUGCUCCAGGUAGCCGCGGGCAUCUGCGAGGUGCUCUGCGACCUGCACGCCAAGAACUACGCCCUGGGCGGCAUCAACAUCGACUGCGUCUUCGUGUCCGUCGCGGCCGAUGAAGAGAAGCUCCACAUCUACUUACCUGACAUCAAUGCGUACCGCAUAGACGCCAACCGCUACGUCAACUACGACACUGCCGUGGACAUGGAGGAGUUUGGAGCCUUGGUCAAGAAGAUGCUUCGAGUCUACCACGUGGCAUCCAGGACCACAGACUCAAACCAGUGAACACUCAUUAGUGGGACACAAUCUUUUCCAGGUUGCUUUGUACAGAAUCACUUUGUUUUAAUAAAAAGAAAGCUCGUUUUCUAACACAUGUGAAUGCUUCUGUAAACAAGGUAAAAAAAAUAAAGAAGCGGGUGUGUUGAAGAAAAAAAAACGAGGUCCUUAAAAGUGACAACUGAGCCAAAGCUGACUGGCACAGUCCAUAGUUUUGAGAUUUAAGUGGUGCAAGCCAAGAAGGCUACCGUUAGUCAACAGACCCGGGACGUUCUUCAGAGUUCCAAAUAAAUAGCGGAGGGAGAAAUGCCAGGAUAACAAUAACAACGCCAGUAUACUUAAAUAUAAUACAACUAACCGUGAUAAAAAAAAUACAGACAAACUUGAAAAGAA